AGUUCUAUCAUAUCAACACGUCAUGUCGGCAUCUUCGUAGCUGCCUGCGUUUUGUACGAACGGCGACAGAUGUCAUCUGAUAUGGAAGAGCAACUGCGCAUGUGCUUGUCACAGCAUGAAGUUCUCAAAGUGCGAUAAUCUAUUGCCCACUCUGCCAUGUCGGACGAUGCACGACUCAUAUAUUGGAGGGCUACCAUAUACAUUCUGCACCGGCACUCUUGAUGUCAGAUGAUGCGAAAGUGUGGCAUAACUACCACAAGGAAUCCAAGGCAGCAUUCAGAGAAGGAUAUGCACGUGUUCAGCACGACGAAGAGACUGGCGCACGCCCAGAUUUCCGCUUGAAGUUGGCAUACGUCGCAUCAAAAUUUCGUACAUGCAAAUCUGUCAACCCGAAUGCGACUACGCCGGGGUGGUACGAUAAAUGCAUAGAGCUAACUAGCGCGUCUGUGAGAGGUCCCCAUUCUCAGUGUUUCCGCGCAACAGCUAACACAUUGACAAGGUUGCAUCAUCCCCAGUUGAAGCAGACGACCAAUAGUUCUGGUUCCGAGGUAACGUUCACUAGACCUGAAAAGUCUUCUUUGUCUACGGCAUCGCUUUUCCGUGAGUCUGCAAGUCUUAGUGAAUUGACAUCGCUCCCAAGCGAGUUUAAAGGUAGUUCAGCAGCUGGUGUUUUCAGCGUUCGUGAAUCACUUCCCGCAACUCGAAAGCUUCUAGGCGUACCACUUGCAAAUGGAAAGAAGCGAAGGUUUGUUAUGGACUUUGUAUCUGUUCCCCACCCUCCAUGUGAUGGGCCUUCAUCCAGCAUGUUCGACGAUACCACAACUCAAAUAGGAUCUUUGGUAUUUGCUCCACAUCUGUGUUCACAUAUUAGGUAUUGACAUGGCACAUGUAGCCGGAUGAAGAUAGGACAUCUCCAAGACUUGGCGCACAUCCUCGAACCCAAACGCGGGAUGUCGACGAGGAGUAUGAGCAGCUCGAUGCCUCUGCAGGUGGUUCAAAUGGUCGACCUCCAAAGAAGCAGCGUAGUUGGUCCCCCCAGCAAUGGACUCUCGAGAAAAGAGCCCAUGAGAAUAGAGAAAUGGUGAGAAGUUCAUAUGUGGAGAGUGGUGUGUAACUGAGCGUAGCGC